AGUCAUGCAUUGUACCUCACACAAUAAUGAUAUCAAUAGCCUGGACUGUCUACUUUGAACCUGUACGCUUUACGCGGUUUGCUCUGCGAUGCUUCACGUAUGUCAGACAGUGUCUUUAUUCUCAUCUUGAGCUUUCAGCGACACAUCGGCAGGAGAGGAGCCAGCUGUCUGAGGCUGCGGGAUCUGUCCUACAUCUCGUCUUAUGAUGAUUGCUGCGGCGUUUUUGGUGCUGUUAAGGCCGUACAGUAUUCAAUGUGUGCUGUUGCUGCUGUUGCUUUUGCUCGGGACUAUUGCGACUAUUUUGUUUUUCUGCUGCUGGCAUCGCAGGCUUCGUAAUGGAAAACAUCCAAUAAAAUCAGUGCUCUCCGGACGCACCAAGAGCCGCGUGGGCCUCCGAUCACAUCAUUUUCGAUCAGAGGGCUUCAGGCACAGUCCACGUCACGCAAGAAGGAGCAUCCAUGCUCGAGUGACAGAGGAAAAACCCAAUCUGGUCGAGAUUCCUGAGAGCGACCCCGAUUCAUCUUCGACUCUUCGAAAACGCAAAGUGAAGAAGAGAGUCCUGCCAGAGUUUUACCAGUCUGUGCAAGUCACCCCCACACGCAAACCUAGCUCCAGUUCGGGGAACCCUUCCCUACACUGCUCCAUGUCUUCCUCGGCGGAUUUCUCAGACGAGGAUGAUUACAGCGCUAAAUCUGGGUCGGCAUCACCUGCACCCGGGGACACUUUACCCUGGAACCUGCCGAGACAUGAGCGAUCCAAGAGGAAAAUUCAGGGAGGAUCGGUGCUGGAUCCGGCGGAGAGAGCCGUGCUCAGGAUCGCAGAUGAAAGAGACAGAGUGCAGAAGAAGACAUUUACAAAAUGGAUAAACCAGCAUCUGAUGAAGGUACGAAAGCAUAUAAAUGACCUGUAUGAAGACUUACGAGAUGGACAUAACCUGAUCUCACUGCUGGAGGUUCUGUCCGGAGACACAUUGCCUCGGGAGAGAGGGAGGAUGCGCUUCCACAGACUCCAGAAUGUACAAAUUGCACUGGAUUAUUUAAAGAGGCGGCAGGUCAAACUUGUAAAUAUCAGAAAUGACGACAUCACAGACGGCAACCCGAAACUGACCCUGGGAUUGAUCUGGACCAUAAUUCUGCACUUUCAGAUCUCGGAGAUCCACGUGACAGGGGAGUCCGAGGACAUGACAGCCAAGGAGAGGCUUCUGUUCUGGUCCAGACAGAUGACAGAGGGCUACGUGGGCGUACGUUGUGACAACUUCACAACCUCCUGGAGGGAUGGGAGACUAUUUAACGCCAUCAUUCAUAAAUACAGGCCAGACCUGGUUGACAUGAGCCGUGUGUCGACACAGGCCAACCGAUCAAAUUUAGAGCAUGCGUUUGGUGUAGCUGAACAGCUGGGGGUGGCCAGGCUGCUGGACCCCGAGGACGUAGACGUUCAGUCGCCCGAUGAAAAAUCAGUCAUCACAUACGUUUCAACGCUGUACGAUGCCUUCCCCAAAGUACCUGAUGGCGUUGAUGGAAUCAGCCCUAAUGAUGUUGAUAUCAAAUGGGUGGAGUACCAGAACAUGAUCAAAUACCUCAGCCAGUGGAUCAAACACAACGUGGCCAUAAUGACAGAUAGAUCAUUCCCAAACAACCCUGUGGAACUCAAGGCACUUUAUACACAGUAUCUACAGUUUAAAGAACAUGAAAUCCCCCUGAAAGAAAACGAAAAGACAAAAAUCAAGAAUCUCUACAAAAUGCUCGAGAUGUGGAUCGAGUUUGGACGUAUUCAGCUACCCCAGGGUCAUCAUCCUAACGAUGUGGAGAAGGAAUGGGGGAAAUUGAUUGUUGCCAUGUUGGAAAGAGAGAAGAGCCUGAGGCCUGAGGUGGAAAGGCUUGAGAUGUUGCAGCAGAUUGCCAACAGGGUCCAGCGGGACUGUGUUAAUGGAGAGGACAAGUUGGCGUUGGCAAGGAUCGCCCUGCAGUCUGAUGCAAAACGCCUUGACUCUGGUAUCCAGUUCCUCCAUGAGGCUGAGAUCGCUGGCUACCUUUUGGAGUGUGAGAAUAUCCUCAGACAACAAGUGGUGGACAUCCAAAUUCUUCUGGAUGGGAAAUUCCCCUUUGCAGAUCAACUCGUCCAAAGGGUAUCAAAACUCCGGGAUGACCUUCUCUCCCUGAGAGCAGAGUGUUCUUCUGUGUACAGCAAAGGCCGCACCCUGACCACAGAACAAACCAAAAUGAUGAUCUCAGGCAUCACACAAAGCCUGAACUCUGGCUUCUCCCAGAACAUCAACACGAGCCUGACACCAGCCCUUACUCCUGCACUCACCCCAGGGGGGUUAGGUACCCCUGGGUCCACAUUCACCUCCAGCCUUACACCGUGCCUGACCCCGUCCUUGACCCCCACCUUGACCCCCGGUCUGCAGCCUGCUUCGGUCCAGAGCUACAUGGGGAGCGGUGGCGGCAUGGAUCCAGGCAGCCUCAGGCAUUUGAAACACAUGCAGAUCCGCAAGCCCUUACUGAAAUCCUCGCUGGCAGACUCCAACAUGACAGAAGAGGAGGUCAACAUGAAAUUUGUUCAGGACCUCUUGAACUGGGUGGAAGAGAUGCAGGUGCAACUGGAUCGUUCAGAGUGGGGAUCUGAUUUGCCAAGUGUGGAAUUGCAUUUAGAGAACCACAAAAGUGUACAUAGAGCCAUUGAAGAAUUUCAAAUGAGUCUUAAAGAUGCCAAACUGAGUGAGAUUCAGAUGACCAUCCCUCUGAAACUAUCUUAUUCAGACAAACUGAACAAACUAGAAAAGCAGUAUGAAAGGCUACUGAGCUGUUCAAGAGAGCGACAAAGCCACCUGGAAAGCUUGCAUGACUUUGUGUCACAGGCGACUCAGGAGCUCAUCUGGCUGAAUGAGAAGGAGGAGGAGGAAGUGGCCUUUGACUGGAGUGAUCGCAACAGCAACAUCUCCAAGAAAAGAGACUACCACGCUGACCUGAUGAGGGAGCUGGAUGAAAAGGAGGAAGUGAUCAAGUCGGUGCAGGACAAGGCAGAACGCCUUAUGCUUAAGAACCACCCAGCCAGGCUCACUAUUGAGGCGUACAGAGCCGCCAUGCAGACGCAGUGGAGCUGGAUUUUACAGCUUUGCUCAUGUGUAGAACAGCAUCUCAAGGAGAACGCUGUUUAUUUUGAGUUUUUCAGUGAUGCCAAAGAGUCCAUUGACUACCUUAAGAGCCUGCAAGAUGCCAUUCAAAGAAAAUACAGCUGUGAUCGAACAAGCAGCCUACACAGAAUGGAGGAUCUCAUUCAGGAGUCAAUGGAUGAGAAAGAGCAGCUGCUUCAGUAUCGCAGCACUGUCGCUGGGUUAGUGGGCAGGGCCAAGAAUAUUGUGCAGCUCAAGCCCAGGAACCCCGAAAGCCCUGUGAGGUCCUCCAUCCCUGUUAAAGCCAUCUGUGAUUACCGUCAGAUUGAGAUUACCAUCUAUAAAGAGGAUGAGUGCGUACUGGCCAAUAACUCUCACCGGGCCAAAUGGAAAGUUAUCAACCCAGCAGGGAACGAGGCCAUGGUGCCCUCUGUCUGUUUCACUGUUCCUCCACCCAACAAAGAGGCUGUGGAUAUGGCCACAAGAACUGAACAGUUGUAUCAAAAUGUCCUGGCGCUCUGGCACCACUCCCACAUCAACAUGAAGAGUGUGGUGUCUUGGCAUUAUCUAAUGUCUGAUAUACGAGCCAUCCGCAACUGGAACGUGGCCUCGAUAAAGACCAUGUUACCAGGUGAGCAUCAGCAGGUCUUAAGCAACCUGCAGUCUCACUUUGACGAGUUCCUGGAAGACAGCGAGGAGUCCGAGGUGUUCACGGUGGCAGACUGUGCUCAGCUAGAGAGAGACGUAGCGGCCUGCAAGGAGUACUACCAGGAACUACUCAGAUCUGCUGAAAGAGAGGAACACGAGGAGUCGGUGUACAAUCACUACAUCUCAGAAAUACGCAAUUUCCGGAUGCAUCUAGAGGCGAAUGAAGAACACCUGAUCAGGCAGCUCCGCACACCGCUGGAGAGAGACGACCUGGAGCAGAGUCUGCAGCGCAUCACAGAUCAUGAGAAGAAGACAGCUGAGCUGAAUAAACUGAGGGAGGACCUGGAUGUUAUGAAGGAGAAGUGUGAGCUUUUCCUCAGACAGGCUGCAGGUUCUCCUUCUGUGCCGACGCUUUCCUCUGAGCUCAACGUCCUCGUCCAGAGCAUGGGCCAAGUGCACUCCAUGUCUUCCAUUUAUAUGGACAAACUGAAAACGGUGAGCUUAGUGGUGAAGCACAGCCAGAGUGCAGAGGCGCUGGUUAAGGCCUACGAAUCCAAACUCUACGAGGAAGAUGCUAUGAACUCUGAUGUCAAGUCUAUUGAGACAGUCAUUUCAACACUUAAGCAAUGGCGGACAGAGAUCGACGAGCAGCAGGAGGUGUUCCAUGACAUGGAGGAUGAGCUGCAGAAAGCACGAGUCAUCAGCGACCGCAUGUUUAAGGCACAUAACGAGCGUGACUUUGACCUCGACUGGCACAAGGAGAAAGCUGAUCAGCUGAGCGAGAGAUGGCAGAACAUUCACUCCCAGAUUGACAGCAGACUUCGGGAACUGGAUGGUAUCAGCAAAUCUCUGAAACACUACAGAGACUCCUUCAGCAGUCUUGAUGAAUGGGUGAGAGAAAUGGAAGUAGCACAAAUGAAGGCCCAAGAAAACAAACCUGAGGACAGCAAGGCGCUGGCUGAGCUGUUAAACAAACAGAAGGUCCUUGUUGCUGAAAUUGAACAAAAACAGGGCAGAAUUGACGAGUGUCAGAAGUACUCGGAGCAUUAUUCAUCUGCGAUCAAGGAUUAUGAACUUCAGCUGAUGACCUUCAGAGCGAUGGUCGACUCCCAACACAAGUCCCCUCUCAAGAAACGGAGGAUGCAGAGCACGUCUGAUGCCAUUCAGCAGGAGUUCAUGGAUCUGCGAACUCGCUACACUGCUCUUGUGACUCUCAUGACGCAGUAUGUGAAGUUUGCCAGUGAAACACUGAAGAGAACUGAAGACGAGGAGAGAUCUGUUGAUGAGGAGAAGAGAGAGCAUGGUGAUAAAGUUAGCAAACUAUUGCACUGGAUGUCCAAUGUGAAACAGACCUCGAACAAUGAUGGGAAUGCUCUGAAAGAUAGCAAUGCCAACACAGACGCUUCUAAUAAGCCCCAGGUGUCAGUCGAGGAGAUGGUCACUAAGAAGGAACAGAUUGCAGAAGCAUUGAGAGCAACACAAAUGAUGCUGAACAAACACAGUGACAAAAUGACAGAAGAGGAAAGAGAAAAGGCCCAGGAGCAGCUGAAGGCGCUCAACCAGGCCUACAGUGAACUCUCCCAGCAAUGUUCAGAUCAAACAACAUCUGCAGAAGAGGAUUUAAAUUCCAGUGCAGCAAGGCUUGGCACUGGACCCAAGAGUAGCCUGCUUGAUCAGAUUACCAGGUUCACCCUCCCAGAGGCCCAACAUGUGACUUCUGAACUCUUUCAGUCUGAUCCGCAAUGCUGUAUGGACUGGGACGAUGCUUUCAAACAAGAUCCCGUUUAUAAAUCCACCCUGGACCACUUGCUAAAGUUGAAUGAAGCAGGCAAGUGCAAACAGAGUUCACAAGUCUCUUCUGUGUCACUCUCUGACAUCGCAGCAGCGAGGGAAGGGGCCGUGUGUGAAAACCCGAUCAUUAAGAUGAUAGAGGUCAAAGAAGUUGAUGAUGGAUUGAAGGUGUGCUACACAGGGGACACACUGACCCUGGAGAAGGCUUUUCGGGGUGGUUUAAUACCGGCUUCUGUCUACGUAGAGAUUCUUCAGAGGCAAAAGACCUGUCAAGAUAUGAUGAAUCCCAGCACUGUGGAAGAUGUUUCAACAUUAAAGCCUGUGCAGGAGGUCAAUAGACUGGUAUUAGAGUGCCUCAGCAGAAAUAAAUCACUGACAUCAGGGAGGGAUAUUAAGACUCUGAGGUCUUUCGGUGAUGGUUUAAGUGAUCAGGAUGUUAUCAGUGAUGGGCUUAAGGUGGAUGCAGCCGUUCAGUGUGACUUGAUGAGCUCUAGCAGCACGCUCAUUGUGCUAGAAAAUCAGCCGCAGUUUAUGGGACUCGUGUUGUCUGUUUCAAGGGAAACUGUGUCCACAUCAUUCCAGUAUGAUCAGCAAGUCACCACCGAUGAGUUCACGAGUUCAUUGUUCAGCAAUCGGGAGAAAAUUGCAGCUUUUUACAUUCCAGAAAAUUCAGAGGUGGUAGACAUCAAUUCGGCCAUUCAGAAUAAUUUGAUUGACACUUAUACCGCAGAGGUUUUGAAAUCUGUAGAAAUUCCAGAUGUGUCUCCUGAUGUUGAUCACCUUUAUGACAAGUUUUCAUCUUGGCUCAUGUACAAAAAACUCACAGUUGAUGGAUGCCAUCACGCUGCAGACUGCUUACAAGUUGAUAAUGUCCCGACUCACGAGGAGGCAAAGCAGCUUUUCAUCUCCUACCUCUCGUUGAACAGCUACGUGGAUCCUGAGACAGGACAGCGGGUUGUAAUACUCGAUAAACAGCUGAGUAAAAUGGUUAAAAUCUUUCUUGACGAUUCAUUAUUUCCUGAAAACACUGAGAAAAAUAGAACAUCCCUCUCUUUAAAUGUUGGUGAUCCUUCCGAACAGGUAGAUUUAGAGAUGCCGCUGCACAUAAAUGAGGAAACAGAGGAGUUACUGAUGCCACCCGUAUGUGAUCCUCGUAAUUUUGUUUCCUGGACCAGUGGAAGAAUUAGCUUUGAUGAAAAAACAAAUGCAAAUAACAAGGAUUUAAAACCGAAUUUUUUAGAAGACGAUGACAUUGACAUGGAUAGCACAGAGCCUGGUGUAGCAGGGGAACUCAUGUAUCAAAGCAACGCAAAUUGGAAAAAGUCAGGUGAAUUUGCAGAGAGAAUUUAUGGAAAUAGUUUCCAAAUGGAUGUUGAAGGUGCUGAAAGUGAAGGUGUUGAUCCAGUUGUUCAAACUUUAUACUCUGGGGACAGAACAAAUGUUGGCUCUCCGUCAGAGACGUUUGAGUGUUCAGAAAACUCCAACCGCCAAACCCUCCCGUACUACGACUCUGGGUCAUUUUGUAGUGAAUCAGAAGGCACAGAUAGCACGCAGGAUGAGCUUUUAUGCUGUCAGGACAUGUCAAACGAGCAAGAUUAUGCUACUCAUCCCCUGAUAGUGCAAAUGGAGGAAGAGGGUAUUUUAGAUGUGACCCCUGGGAGACAUUAUGACCUGGAAGCUGCUUUCAGACAGGGCCUAAUUGAUCAGAUGAUAGUACCACAGCCGCUUGACAUGCAGUCAGAUGAAAACGGAAGUGUUGCAGGAGACGAGGAGGAUCCAAUGUCUGUUUUAAAUCAGACUGUGUCAGAUGCAUCCUCAAAUAUUUCUCUAUGUAUACUGGAACAGCAGAGCGUAUUGAGGUCUGGUUGCACCAUCAGUAUCAGUGAGUCAGUUCAGGCUGGAUUAGUUAAAGAUGACUUAAACCCUGAAGCCAGCAGUCACCCACAAGAAAGCUACACUCACUCCAUCUCCGAUUAUCAUAAUCUGCGUUUAAUUUACGAUAAUGAAGCUGAAAACGCUGAGGGGAAGGUGGCUGUCGUGGUGCUCGAUCUGACCAAUGAGGAGGCUAAUAACGAAGAGAUAGAGAGCGAGAAUGGAGCUGCAGGGGUAGAUUGUGAGACAACAGGAAAUGUAAGAGAGAUGAGUAAUUAUCUGCAUCAUUUCCCUCCCUCAGUUAGCGGUCACAAGUCUCUCAUGAUCUCACCCUCCUCAUGGAGUCAGAUUACUGCAGAGUGCGUUCAUCACAAUGACAAAUCGCCUUUACCCGCUGAAGCCAGUGACUCACAGGGUGUAAUCAAUCACCAGCUGACAGAUACAGCUGUUGUGAUAGAAAACGCAGAUACAACAACCCAGUCACGUCCAUCUAGUGUGAGUGACAGAACCUACAGCAUUAGAGCAGAUACAGAAAGCCAGACUCAGUAUGCCACUUCUAUAAAUCACUCUAAAUUUGACAGCUCACUCGUUGAGGAUGAUUUUUUUAUUGUUGGAUAUGAUGUCCAGGUGGGAAAUCAGGCAGUUAGUGCAAGUGAAUUGCCCUCAUUACGCAACAAUGUGUUGUCUGAGGAGAAUGACACUCAGUCACCUCUGUAUGGCGAGCCAAGUAUAGAUUACUCAUCGCCCAGAGAAUUGGUCGAAAGUGCAAUUAUGUCAGAGUCCGGGGGUCGUGGUAACUAUGACAACAGCAUUACAGAAGAUGGCAGCAGAUUCACAUUACCUCAGCAGCUUCGUUCAGAAUGUGAUGUUAGUGUUGGAUCUGAGCCCAGCGACUCUAAAAAUGGUCAGCUUGUUGGUGAGAGAUCUCCACAGCCACCCAUUGUUUCCGAUGAAGUCAUUGCAACAAAUGUGAAGGGUUUUAAUAAUGGAGAAGAUUCAGAGCAUGGUCGUCUAAUAACCAGAGUUUCUCUUGAAACAGUACCAGUUGAUGAAGAUUUGUCACAUUCCCAACACAGAGCCACAGAUGUAGAGUUAAGCACAGACAGACUGUCCCCAGAGAGGCAACAUGAGGAUAUUUUCCUAUUGACUAGUGAUUUGGAGCAAAUGACUGUGUCAAGAAAUGAACAGCCAGUGAGUGAUGAAGAAAAUGCAGAUAUUGGUGGAAAUAUCUCUGCGUUAGGAAUGAACUCAGAGCAGUCUGAAGCUAAAAUGGGAGUAGGAAAAGGGUUGAUAUUUCCAGAGGAAAAGGGCUUUGAUAUGAGUGUUUCUGAGCAUCCUCAGGUAGAUUUCCUGUCAGGUAGCUCCAUUACAUCUGAUGCUUCCUCUUCAGCCCCAUCAGGGUUUAUUAAGGCCGUAAGGACACCUGUAGGCGAUGAAGGCGAAAUGAUCACAAUAGGGAGUGAUGUCAGUGAUUUGCAAAAGGCACAAACUGAAGACUUUGUCGCAGUAGUUCAGAAUACUCCACCACCUUUAGAGGAAGGUCACGAGAGAGACACGCCUCAUGGACUUCUAGAGAGCAGCCACCCAGACCUUCUCAUGGAUCUGCUGAAGCAAAAUGCCCUCAGUUUAAACAACAGAGAAGAAGGAAACUUCAAGCUGAUAAUGCAUGAAGAGAAAGUCAGUAAAAAGACAGAAGAGUCCGACGCUCCAAAUAUCCAGCUGCAACUGCUGCAGGUUCUGAAGACAGUUUCCUCAAGCCAAGACCUUUCAAUGCUGCAGGAGGUGAUGGACACUCUUAACAGCGCUCUCGGUGGGGACUCUUUGGCAGGGGAUGAUCUGGAGGAGCGGCGGCACGCUCUGGAGGAGCGCCGGCACACGCUGGAGAGCAUCAAGGAGGAGAGCUCGGAGGGAGAAGAUGAGAGGUCAGGAGAAGAAGAUGAGGGUCUCUGUGGUUCUGCUGCAGGACGUCACCAGCUGUCCCCUCAGGCGUCCUCCUGCUCAGAUGCCAGCAAAGUUGAGGAGGUCAAAAAAAAGCUGUUCUCCAUCCAGGAUUAUUUGGAGUGUGUUGGGAGACUGCAGGAUCACGCUGAUGUUUUGGAAGAUGUCCGAAAAGAUCUUUCAAUCGAGGCACCCAUAGGCAACAGCAUGGAAGAACUGCAAAACCAAUUAGAGGAUUUUCAGUCUCUGGAGUCCCAAUUUUCUCGACUGGCUGGUGUUCUGACUGCAGAUAUGGAAAAAGCCAAACAGCUCUUAAAUUCUAAUGAUGAGAAUAUUCCCAUACAAAUCCACCAAGAUUUGGCUUCAACUUAUCUGGAUUUAGAGCCAAAUUUUGCUGCCGUUUCCCAAAUGUGUGCAGAAAGGAGUCACUCCCUGAUUCAAGCAAUGGAAACAGGAAAGGUUAAUUUGGAAUCAACAUACCAGAAACAUGUUGGUGAUCUUGAUGAACUAGCGGGCCUCAUCAAAAACAGCUCAGAGAUGUGUGACAUGGAUUUGAACCCGUGUGAUGUGGAUGCACUGAAACAUUUGAUUCAGCAGAACAGGGACAUGGAGAGCAGUCUGCUGAAAGAAGCCAAGCUCAAGUUAGAGGAUGUCACAUUCGAUAUCCAGUGUUUUAUUUCUGAGCACGCUCAGUUUCUGAGUCCAGCUCAGAGCAGCUACCUCCUCAAGUUCCUCAGCACCACUCAGCGAGCGUUCAGGGACCAGACAGAGAGGCUUGUUACCCAGAGGAGCGCUUUAGACGUCCUGCUGGACACCAGGGAGAGGGAGAGUCAGGAGAAGUGUUUGUUGGAGAAACACAAGGAGUUUACAGAGAAGUUGGAGGAAGUGUGUGAUAAUCUCACCCUGACAGAGAACCAGCUGAUUGGUCAUCAGCAACAGGCUGAAAGUGCUGAGUGCGUCACAGACCUGCAGCAGUACCAGCAGGAGCAUCAGGCUCUGCAAAAAGACGUGUUGACAAACGCCAGUGCCCUGAAUGAAGUCAUCACCAGUACUAAAAAGUUUUUGGAGGAGAACCGGAGCAAGCUGACACCGGAUCAAAUUGCAACAAUUGAGGGCAAGUUGGAAGAAGCUAAAAGCAAAGCGAAGCUCAUCAACCAGCGGGCCGAGGAGUCCAGGAAAGAUUUAGAGAAGGUCGUUACUACGGCAAUAAAACAAGAGAGUGAAAAGGCAGCAGCUGUUGAGCGGCUUGAAGAAAGUAAAAACAAAAUCGAAGGUCUCCUGGACUGGAUAUCUAACAUUGGGAAUGAAAACAAGAGCAGUCUGGAUCACACUGACCAUAUAAGUAAAGAGAAUGGAAACCUGCCAGAAGAAACUUCAGCCACGGGACUGAUAGGAGACGACGACGAUGCCAAUGGAAACGCUUUACAGACCACUGAGAAGGAUUUUGGCAGAGACACCAGCGGCAAGAACGAUGCCUCCCUGGACCUCGAUAAGCAGUACGAGAGGGUCAAGGCUCGUCAUCAGGAGAUCGUGUCCCAGCAGCAGGAUCUUAUCAUGGCCACCCAGUCUGCUCAGGCUCUGCUCGACAAGCAGGCUAACGUCCUGUCCCCGGAGGAGAAGGAGAAACUGCAGAAGAACAUCCAGGAGCUGAAGGGGCGCUACGAGGCCUCGCUGACACAGGCUGAGCAGCAGAUGAAGCAGGUGCAGUGCGUCCAGGAGGAGCUGAAGAAGUUCCAGGGCGACUGUGAGGAGUUUGAGAGCUGGUUGGACCAGGCGGAGGUAGAGAUAGAGGAGCUGGGCGCUCCUGAAGGCUCUCUCAAUAUCCUCAGUGAUAAACUCCAGAGGCAGAAAAGCUUCUCAGAGGAUGUGAUUUCCCACAAAGGGGACCUUCGCUUCAUCACCAUGUCGGGACAGAAAGUGCUGGAUGUGGCUAACGCCUGCGCAUUGGCUGAUUCUGCUGCUAAGAACGAUCUGCUGGACGUGGAUACUUCAGGAACCUGUUCCGCUGUCAAGGACAAGUUGGAUUCAGCAGCAAGCAGAUAUAAAACACUACAUUCACAGUGCAAUCAACUCGGCAACAACCUUAAAGAUGUGGUUGACAAAUACAAGAAAUAUGACGACUCCAGCGCCGGCCUUUUGCAGUGGCUCGACGGCUCAGAGGAGGAGGCGAGAAAGCAGCAAUCAGAGGCCAUAGCAGCUGAGCCACAGACACUACAGAAGCAGCUGGAGGAGACCAAGGCUCUGCAGGGUCAGAUGACAGGACAUCAGACUGCUAUUGACACAUUGCGCAAAGCAGCUGAGUCUUUGAUAACGGCUGAAGGAGACCUGCUGAGCAACUCCGACGACAUUCAGGAGACAGUAGAUGACAUCGUGGAGCGAUACGACAACCUGUCCAAGUCGGUGAGUGAUCGAAAUGAGAAACUGCAGAUCACGCUGACUCGCUCCAUGAGUGUGCAGGAUGGUUUGGAUGAGAUGAUGGGAUGGAUGGAGGGAGUGGAGGCCAGCGUGAAAGAGAAAGAACAAAUCCCCCUGGACUCUGCUUCAAUUGGAGAUAUCCUCAGCAAAGAAGUAGCAUUAGAGCAGGACAUAGCAAGUCGCCAGAGCAGCAUCUCAGCCAUGAAAGCCAAGGUGAAGAAGUUUGUGGAGACGGCAGAUCCCUCCGCUGCUGCACUUCUGCAGUCUAAGAUGGAUGUUCUCUCCCAGCGCUUCUCUGAUGCAUGUGACAAGCAUAAGCAAAAAGUUUCCCAGCUGGAGCAGCUGAAGGAAAAGGUAGAAGACUUUGAGAAGGUCGCAGAUAAAGUUCAGCAGUUUGUCGUGAAGCGUUCGCAAGAUCUACAUGAGACAGACGGGCCGGGGAAAACUUUCAAUGAACUGUCUCAGCUGAUGCAGAACACUAAAUCUGAGAUGGCUGAACAUGCCAGUGAUCUGGAGAAGCUGCAGACUCUGUCCAAGGAGCUGUCUGAAAUGAGCCCUGAUGGAAACAAAGCCCAGAUCCAGAGCAAGAUGGACAAUCUCUCAAAUAUUUUCACCACCUUUAAAGACACUGUCAAAGAAAAGGAAGACGAGGUAUCGUCGUGUCAGGACCAGCUGGAAGAGUUCAGAUCUGCAGCCAGCGCUCUCACCAAGUGGCUGGAGCAGACCAAUGAGAAAGUACCAGCAGUUCAGCCAAGCAGCAGUGUGAAGAGUCUGGAGAAAGACCUGCAGACACUCACUGCAUUAUUAGAUGAAUGGACGUCCAAAGACCCUAGUGUCCAGGAUCUGAACAGUAAAGGAUCAGCACUCUGCAGCCUCAUGACUUCCCUCACAUCUCCUGCCAAGACAAAGACCCCGAACAACUCAGCUCUUACUAAUGGUGGUGGUCCAGCGAGCCAUUCCUACCUAACCAAUAAAGAGCUGAUGGUAAUUCAGCAGAACAUGUCGUUUGUUAACGAGGGCUACACGAGCCUCGGGCAAACGCUGAAGAGUCGAGCAUCAGAGCUGAGUAGUUCGGUGCAGGACGUCAAAGACGCCCAAAAGGAGACAGACAACAUGAUGACAUGGCUGAAGGACAUGAAAAAGACGGCGGCAUCCUGGAACAACGCAGCCACAGAGAAAGAUUCAGUGAAAACACAGCUUGAACAGCAGAAGACAUUUGAGGAUGACAUGAAGCAAAAGCAGGAACAGCUCCAGAAGCUCAGAGAGAAGCUCCUGAACUUGAUUAAGGCUCAUCCAAACUCCCCCGAGGCAGCAAAAUGGAAGCAGAUGCUGUCAGAAAUAGAUGCUGCUUGGGCCGAUAUCAGCGGCUCCGUAGAGGAGAGGAAGCAGCACCUGGAGCAGUCUAACAAGAACCUGGACAUCUUCCAAACAAAUGAGCUGCAGCUCGGUCAGUGGCUUUCAGAGAAGGAGCUGAUGAUGAGUGUCCUCGGACCUCUCUCCAUUGAUCCCAACAUGCUAAAAAUGCAGAAGCAACAAGUUCAGAUCCUCCAAAAUGAAUUUAAGAGCCGCAAACCUCAAUAUGAGAAACUGGAGGAAGCUGCCUCCGCCAUCCUGAGCUCUUCAGACAACCAGGACCCCUCAAGUGGGAAGCUGGUGAGAGAGCAGCUCGCUGGUGUCACCCAGAAGUGGCAAGGCCUCACAGGACAGCUGGACCAGCGAGACGGCCUCAUCGACCAGGCCGUGGUGAAGACGGGGACGUUUCAGGAGUUACUGAGGAGCAUCAGUCAGACCGCCACUCAGCUGGAGAACCAGCUCACCAACCAUCAGGGCCAUAGCACCCAGCCCGACGCUGUGAAGAAGCAGCUGGAGGAUGUGCAGAACAUCUCAGGGCAACUGAGAGAGGAGAGGAAGAAGCUGAAGGAGGCGGAGGCCAUCAACGCAGAGCUCACAGCGAUGGUGACCGAAGACUAUCUCAAAGCAGACUUGGCCAGGCAGCUGGAGAGUGUCAGCAAGCCUUUCAAACAGCUGGAAGAGAAAGCAGCAAAACGUAUCGAGCAGCUCAACUCAACCUUUGCCAGCUCUCAGCAGUUCCAUCAGACCUCCAAGGACUUCCAGUCGUGGCUGGGUGAGAAGCUCCAGGACCAGUCUAAGCUCCAGCCCAUCUCUGCCAAAGUGGAUGUGCUGCAACAAACCCUGGAGGAGCACAGUAAACUCCAGAAGGCUCUCAGUGAACACGAAGAAGCUUAUAACACAAUCACUGGGGAAGGGGAAAUGCUUCUGCAGAACACUGACGGUGCAGAAAAGUUGGCUCUACAAGGGCAGCUUUCUACACUCUCUUCCAACUGGGACGAGGUGAAGAAGAGCUCUGCAGAACAAGCUGACAAACUCCAGAGUGCUCUGCAGAAAUCUCUGAAGUAUCAGGAGCAUGCAGAAAAGCUCAGCUCCUGGAUUCAAGAGUGCGAAGCGAGCGAAGGCCGGGUCAAACUCACCGUUGAUCCGGUUGCUGUGGAAAGCUCAAUAUCUCAGGUGAAAGCUCUCCAGAAGGAUGUGGACAAGCACAGAGGGAUGGUGGAGCAGCUCAACGCGGCUGCAGACAGCGUUCUUGAGGUGGCCAACACAGACACCGAAGCAAUCAAAGAGGAGAAGGCUAGCAUUGGCAGAAGAGUGGACAAUGUUGUGGAAAGUCUGCAGAGCAAAAGGGAGUCCUUGGAGAAGAUCUCACACACAGUUAAGGAGUUUAAUGAUGCCUAUAAAGAGGCGAAGGGUCAGCUUGAGGGGGCUAAGAAGCAGGUGGAUACCUAUGAAUCACAGGGAGUGCAGGCACACAGCAACAAGAACCUGACCAACAUGAAAGCCCAACAUAAGAGUUUAGAGGGAGUGCAGAACCAGGUUGAGCACCUGAAGACCUUGGCCAAGGACCUUGUGGUUGAUGUCCCAGAUGCUGAUGGAGUGACAGACCUCUUACUGCAGGCUGAUAGCAUGGAAAAAGACUACAGCACCCUUAACAAGAAACUGGACGAGACGUGCCAAGUCCUGGAGGGUAAACUGCAGGGUAUCGGGCAGUUCCAAAACCGCAUCCGUGAGAUGUACACCCGCUUCACAGACCUGGACGACGAACUGGACAGCAUGGCUCCUGUUGAUCUGGACUUGGCCACUCUUAAAGAACAGCAGGACAGCAUUCAGAGCUUUGUGGCGAAGCUGCAAGAACUGAUGGCCAACACGGCCAAUGCUAGAGACAGCUGUAAGAAGAUGCUUGAGACUGAAACCUCCCCUGACCUGUUAGGCCUGAAGAGAGAUCUGGACGCUCUGAGCAAGCAGUGUGGGAAACUGUUGGACAGGGCGAAAGGCAGAGAGGUGCAGGUGCAGAGCACGCUCACCAAACUGGAGGAGUUGUACGAUAAACUCCAUCAGGCGGAAAAUAAACUCUGCAGAGCUGUGGACAAGGAGGCGUCGCAGGAGGCCGUCGGCAUGGAGACAGAUGUCAUCAACCACCAGCUGGAGGCCUUUAAGGCUUUCCAGAAAGAGGACAUUGAUCCGUUGCAGACGCAGCUUCAAGACAUCAGCUCUCUUGGCCAGGGACUGAUCCAAAAUGCUGCAAAAGGCACCAGCACCAAGAAACUGGAGGACGACUUGGAGGAAGUCAAUACAAAGUGGAAUACACUCAAUAAAAAGAUUGCUGAGCGUUCAGCCCAGCUGCACGAAGCCCUGUUGCAUUGUGGGAGGUUCCAGGAUGCUCUGGAGUCCCUGCUCAGCUGGCUGACCGACACAGAGGAGCUCAUGGCCAAUCAAAAACCUCCAUCUGCAGAGUUCAAAGUGGUCAAAGCACAGAUUCAAGAGCAGAAACUCUUACAGAGACUGCUGGAUGACAGAAAGCCAACAGUGGAGCUGAUAAAAAAGGAGGGAGAGAAGGUUGCAGAACUGGCAGAGUCUGUGGAUAAGGAGAAGGUUGCAAAAGAGAUCGAGUGCCUGGGGCAGAGGUGGGACGCUCUGCUCAAGAAGGCUGAGAACAGGCACAAGCAACUAGAGAGCAUCUUAGUGGUCACUCAGCAGUUCCAUGAGACCCUGGAGCCCCUGAGCGAAUGGCUCGCCACUACAGAGAAACACCUAGCCAACUCCGAACCCGUCGGCACAGAGACGUCUAAGCUGGAAGAUCAGAUCUCUCAGCAUAAGGCCUUAGAGGAGGAGAUUAUGAAUCACAGUAAAGACCUGUUACAGGCCGUCAGUCUGGGUCAGAUGCUCAAAACUGUGAGCUCAGCAGAUGAAAAGGAGUUUGUUCAGUCCAAACUGGAUGCCACCCAGGCCAGUUACAUAGAGCUGCAGGAGCGAUGCAGGAGGAAAGCUGAGAUGCUGCAGCAGGCCCUGGCUAAUGCCCAGCUGUUCGGAGAGGAUGAAGUGGCCCUAAUGAACUGGCUGAGCGAGGUGCACACACGGCUGAGCGAAGUGUCCACGGAGGACUACAAAGUAGAUGUUCUUGAAAAGCAGCUGGCAGAACAACGGGCACUGCAAAGUGAUAUUGAGUUGAGGAAGAAGAAUGUUGACCAAGCCAUCUCUAACGGCAUGGAGCUCCUGAAGCAAACAACAGGUGAUGAGGUGGUUGUUAUCCAAGGCAAACUGGACGGAAUAAAAACAAAGUAUGCUGAGAUCAACUCCAUGAGUGACAGCGUUUUGAAGACUUUGGAACGGGUUCUGGGUCUUUCGACCAAGCUGCAGAAUACUCAUGAGGACCUGAGCUCCUGGCUCGACAAAGUAGAGGAUGAGGUCAGCGCUUUUGCUGAUCAGGAGCCAGUGGGCGAGCAGCUCAUUCAUGCACAAAGCAGACAGAAGGCCUUGUUGAAGGAGAGCAAAGACCAAAAACCAGCGAUAGACAAGCUGAAUGAGUUGAGCAGCUCUCUCCUGGAUCUGAUCCCCUGGCACACUCGUGAGGGUCUAGACAAGCUGGUGACUGAGGCUAAUGAGCGGUACAGAGCUGUCUGCGACACCGUCACCCAGCAGGUCGACCAGAUCAACGCUGAUAUUCUCAAGUCACAGCAGUUUGAACAGGCUGCAGACACUGAACUCUCCUGGCUGACUGAAGCUGAGAGGAAGUUGCUGUCGAUGAGUGAGAUCAGGCUGGAGCAGGACCAAACCACAGCCCAGCUCCAAGCACAGAAGAUCUUCUCCAUGGACAUCAUGAGGCACAAAGAUGCCGUGGAUGAUAUUGUGAAAACAGGAAAGGCCAUAAUGAACAGCAAAAACCCAGAGGAGAAAGAAAUCUUGAAGGCCAGGACCAAGACUCUCUUGGAGAAGUACGGCAUCGUGAGUCAGCUGAACUCAGAGCGGUGUCUGCAGCUGGAGCGAGCCCAGUCUCUGGCCGGUCAGUUCUGGGAGACCUAUGAGGAGAUGUGGCCGUGGCUUCAGGAAACCUUGACCGCCUUCAGCAAGCUGCCGCGGCCAUCCAUUGAGUACGAAACGCUCAGGCAGCAGCAAGAAGAACUCAGGCAAAUGCGAGAGCUGAUUGCCGAACACAAGCCUCACAUCGACAAGAUGAAUAAGACGGGGCCGCAGCUGCUUGAACUCAGCCCAGUGGAGGGAGAACCCAUCAGAGAGAAGUACACAGCUACAGAUCAACUUUACACCAAACUCAAGGCUGAUGUCAAGCAGAGAGCUGCUACUCUGGAUGAGGCCAUCUCCAAAUCCACCCAGUUCCAUGAUAAAAUCGACCCGAUGCUGGAAUCCCUUGAACGGAUCGCUGAACGCCUGCGGCAGCCUCCCUCAAUCUCAGUGGAGGUGGACAAGAUCAAGGAGCAGAUUACUGAAAAUAAAGCCGUCUCUGUGGAUUUGGAGAAACUGCAGCCCUCUUAUGAGACACUGAAGCAGCGAGGCGAGGAGAUGAUCGCACGAUCUGAAGGAGCAGAUAAGGACAUAUCUGCCAAAGUUGUUCAAGACAAACUGGACCAGAUGGUGUUCCUCUGGACCGACAUCCAGGCUUUAGUAGAGGAGCGGGAGGCCAAGCUGCUGGAUGUAAUGGACCUGGCGGAGAAGUUCUGGUGCGACCACUGCGCUCUAAUCGUCACCAUCAAAGACAGCCAGGACCUGCUGAGAGAGCUGGAGGAACCCGGGGUCGACCCUUCAGUCGUCAAACAGCAGCAGGAGUUUGUCGAGGGAUUUAAAGAGGAGAUUGAUGGGUUGCAGGAAGAGCUCGAUGUGGUUCGAAACCAGGGUGCAGAGCUCAUGACGGCCUGCGGGGAACCUGAUAAACCUGUGAUAAAGAAAAGUGUUGAUGAGGUGAACUCAGCAUGGGAAAAUCUCAAUAAGACGUGGAAGGAGAGAGUAGAGAGGCUGGAAGAAGCCAUGCAGGCUGCUGUGCAGUUCCAGGAUGGCCUUCAGGGUAUGUUUGACUGGGUGGACAUUCUGGAGAGCAAACUGGAUUCAAUGACACCCGUAGGCACAGACCUGGAAACUGUCAAGCAGCAGAUUGUAGAGCUCAAGGAGUUCAAAGGAGAAGCGUACCAGCUGCAGAUUGAGAUGGAGCGCCUCAACCACCAGGCAAGCCUCCUGCUGAAGAAGGUGACGGAGGAGGCCGAUCGCAGCGCCAUUCAGGAGCCCAUGUCCGAGCUCAAGAUGCUCUGGGACAACCUGGACGAGAAGAUCAUCAGCCGACAGCACAAACUGGAGGGAGGCCUUCUGGCUCUGGGCCAGUUCCAGCACGCACUGGACGAGCUGCUGGCCUGGAUGAGCCACACCGAGGAGCUGCUCAAUGACCAGAGGAAGGCUGGAGGAGACCCCAAAGCUGUGGAGAUAGAGCUCGCCAAGCACCAUGUUCUUCAGAAUGACGUGCUGGCUCACAAGGCGACUGUUGAGACGGUCAAUAAGGCCGGUAAAGAUCUGGUGGAGUCCAGCGCUGGAGAGGAAGCUUCCAGUCUGCAGAGCAAACUGGAGAACCUGAACCUGCGCUGGAAAGCCAUCCUGGAGCAGACAGAGCAGAGGAAGCACCAACUGGAGAGCGCUCUGCUGCAGGCCCAAGGUUUCCAUGGUGAGAUAGAAGAUAUGCAGCAAUGGCUGAAAGACACAGAGCGUCAGCUGUUGGCAUCAAAGGCUGUGGGAGGCUUACCAGACACGGCCCGGGAGCAGCUUAACGCCCAUCUGGAGUUGUGUUCUGCCUUCGAGGCGAAGGAGGAGCUGUAUCAGGAGCUGCUGAACAAGGGUCAACAGCUGCUCGCCAUGACACCUGAGGGUCCAGACAGCAACACGGAGCAGGACCUCGCCAACCUCAAGGACAAAUGGGAAGCUGUGCAGGGGAAGGUCGCUGAGAGAAAGGUGAAACUAGAAGAAGCCUUGACGCUCGCCACAGAUUUCCACAACUCUCUGCAGGACUUCAUCAACUGGCUCACCCAGGCAGAGCAGACGCUGAACAUGGUCUCACCGGCCUCCCUCAUACUGGACACCAUCAUGUUUCAGAUUGAUGAGCAUAAGAUGUUUGUGACAGAGGUGAACGCCCACAGGGAUCACAUCAUCGAACUGGACAAGACAGGAACCCAUUUGAAGUACUUUAGCCAGAAACAGGACGUGGUCCUGAUCAAGAACCUGCUGCUCAGUGUGCAGGGCCGCUGGGAGAAGCUGGUGCAGCGGUCUGUGGAGCGAGGUCGUCUGCUGGAUGACGCCAGGAAGAGAGCCAAACAGUUCCAUGAAACUUGGAAUAAACUGAUGGAGUGGCUGGAUGAGUCUGAGAAGACUCUGGACUCGGAGGUGGAAAUUGCCAACGAUCCAGACAAAAUCAAGACGCAGCUGGCGCAGCACAAGGAGUUCCAAAAAGCUGUUGGCAGCAAACACUCAGUGUACGACACCACCAUCCGAACAGGCCGCUCCCUGAAAGACAAGACCUCCCUUCAGGAUGACAAGCAGAAGCUGGAUGACAUGCUGAGUGAACUGAGGGACAAAUGGGACACCGUUUGUGGUAAAUCAGUGGAAAGACAAAACAAGCUCGAGGAGGCCCUGUUGUUCUCCGGCCAGUUUACAGACGCUCUCCAGGCUCUCAUUGACUGGCUGUACAGAGUGGAACCUCAGCUGGCUGAGGACCAGCCCGUACACGGAGACAUAGACCUGGUUCUCAACCUGAUAGACAACCACAAGGUUUUCCAGAAGGAGUUGGGGAAAAGGACAGUGAGCGUUCAGGCCCUGAAACGUUCAGCCAGGGAGCUGGUGGAUAGCAGUCACGAUGACUCGUCCUGGGUCAAAGUCCAGAUGCAGGAGCUGGGCACUCGCUGGGAGACGGUGUGCAACCUCUCUGUGUCCAAACAGGCCCGACUGGAGCAGGCCCUGUGUCAGGCUGAGGAGUUUCACUCCACUGUUCAUAUCCUGCUGGAGUGGCUGGCUGAGGCGGAGCAGAGUUUGCGGUUCCACGGCACCCUGCCUGACGAUGAGGAGGCUCUCCAGGCGCUUAUCGAACAACACAAGGAGUUCAUGAAGAAACUGGAGGAAAAGCGAGCGGCUCUAAAUAAAGCAACCAGUAUGGGAGAGGCUAUUCUGACCAUCUGCCAUCCAGACUCUAUCACAACCAUCAAACACUGGAACACCAUCAUUAAAGCCCGGCUUGAAGAGGUGCAGGCGUGGGCGAGGCAGCACCAGCAGCGACUGGCAGCGGCCCUCACUGAGCUGUUAGCCACUCAGGAGCUGCUGGAGAAUCUGCUGACCUGGCUACAGUGGGCCGAGACCAACCUCAACGAUAAGGACAAGGAGCAGCUGCCACAGGAGAUCGAGGAGGUCAAAGCUCUCAUAGCAGAACACCAGGCGUUCAUGGAGGAAAUGACCAGGAAGCAACCAGAUGUUGACAAAAUCACCAAGACACACAAAAGGAAGGCUGCUGUGGAGCCCCCAGUCCAGUCUCAAAUCCCGGUGCUCGACAAAGGAAGAACUGGAAGAAAACGAUCUCCCACACAAACGAUGUAUGCGUCAGCGACGCAACCUCCCAUUGAGACCAAGAACCCGAGGGUUAACCUGCUGGUCACUAAGUGGCAGCACGUGUGGCUGCUGGCUUUGGACAGAAGGAGGAAACUCAAUGAUGCCAUGGACAGACUGGAGGAGUUGAAAGAAUUCGCCAACUUCGACUUUGACGUGUGGCGGAAGCGCUACAUGCGCUGGAUGAACCACAAAAAGUCUCGCGUCAUGGACUUCUUCCGCCGCAUUGACAAAGAUCAAGAUGGCAAGGUGACCCGACAGGAGUUCAUAGAGGGCAUCCUCUCCUCCAAAUUCCCCACCAGUCGUCUGGAGAUGAGCGCUGUGGCGGACAUAUUUGACAGAGACGGUGACGGCUACAUUGACUAUUAUGAGUUUGUGGCAGCCCUUCAUCCCAACAAAGACGCUUACAAACCACUAACAGAUGCAGACAAAAUUGAAGAUGAGGUUACACGACAAGUAGCAAAAUGCAAAUGUACAAAACGAUUCCAAGUGGAGCAAAUAGGUGCCAACAAAUACCGGUUCUACCUUGGAAACCAGUUUGGUCUGGUUCACUGCUUACAUGACUCCUUAAUCGGCGAUGAGACAAUAGCAAACAGGGAAAAUCAAAAUCUUACCCCCCACCUACACGUUGCAGUUUUGGAAAGCUGUAUUCUGUUUGGAGACUCUCAGCAGCUUCGUCUCGUACGGAUUUUACGCAGCACUGUGAUGGUGCGGGUGGGCGGAGGCUGGAUGGCUCUGGAUGAGUUCCUGGUGAAGAACGACCCCUGUCGAGUUCAUCACCACGGGAGCAAAAUGUUGCGCUCGGAAUCAAACUCUUCAAUUACUCAGUCUCCGAUAGGUUGGCAAAUCUCAAACUUUCUCACCUUGCUCCAUGAACCCACCUGUGCUAAAGGCAGGACCAACAUGGAGCUGCGGGAGAAGUUUAUCCUCCCAGAAGGAACCACUCAGGUGAUGGCGAGCUUCCGCUACCGAGGCCGGAGAUCUCGGCCGUCAUCCAGAGGAGCGUCUCCCAACAGAUCCACCUCCAGUCAGAGCUGUGCGGUCCCAUCAAACCCAGUAGUGACCAGUACCCCCAAGACUUCCCAACACAUAACCCGCAAUUAUGAUAAGCCCUGGCUUACAAACAGCAAACCCUCCACUCCUCUUAAAUCAUCAGACUCCUUUGGGAGCCAAGGUUCAUCCUCAGAGGGUACACCGGUUCAAGGCAGCAAAUUACGUCUUCCUGGGUACUUGUCAGGAAAAGGAUUCCAGUCCGGUGAGGAGGGAACCUUGAUCAGCGCUGCUGUACUGAAAGCCCGAACACAGACAAUAGGCGAGUCGAGAAAGAAUUCCAGCCGACCUGGAAGUAAAGCCGGAAGCAGAGGGAGCAGUCGCAGAGGAAGUGACGCCUCUGACUUUGACAUCUCAGACAUCCAGUCUGUGUGCUCAGACGUGUCCGAGACAGUCGGUGACUCAACCCGUGCGACGCCACGCUCCGCAUCACGUCAACACGGAGGGAAACCCUCCAAGAUCCCCACUCCUCAGAGACGAACCACUCCCACAAGCAAACUGGCCAAGGGAUCCAAGCGAUAGUCAGUGGCCUUGAAAACAAACAACCCAGGAGCUAGUUGCACCCCGAACACGUAACGGACACUGGAGAUAUCUAACUUAAAAGACUGCAAAUUUGUUGAGUGUUAUUUAAAUUGUUGCGAAGAUGUAAAAUAUUCUGUUGAGAGGCAAUAUGGUUUAAUAUUAUGUGAGAAUGGAAUGUUAAUGGCCUUGUGUAUUUGUUUUUAAUGUAUUUUAUUUUUUGUGAAAAAUGUCAAAUUGUUUUUAUUGUAUUUUAUUUUAUUGAUGCAAAACCCGUAGAGGUUUGAUGAACACUAGAAAACCUGGGAAUGACUAUGUUGUACGGUUAGCUAACAUUUCUAAACACACUAAUGAAGGGCAAUGCGUAGGAUAGCGCUGAGAGUUACUGAAUGUACUGUAAUUUAUGUUUGCUGAUGUUUGGAGUAGAUGGUGCAUUAUGGUACCAUUUGAGGCACUGCAAUUAUCUAUUUAAGUGCUAUGAUAUACUGCCAACAUGCAUUUAAAGGGCAAUGCAAUAUACUACAAUAAACCCCAGUAAGCACUGCAGAAACCUUUGAAAAACACUAUUUAAGGCUAGUAGCAGAAAUCUCGUAAUCAUGAAGCUUUUAAGUCCUGUUUGUUUGUUUGUGAGCAGCUGCAGUCCCUGUUUUGUUCGACCACUUCACAGCAGUGUGUGCGUUGACCUUGAAGAGGUGCCACUCCCUGUAGACAUUCUCUUGUGCAUCCAUGUCAAUGUAUGGUUAAUUUCGGUAGAGCUGAAAUUGUCACUGGAACAUUACUUUGUAAUAAACCUGCUUGCAGAAAGCCACCAGAGACUGGUGUGGA